GAUUUUAUAUGGCAUUCACUUAAUCCUAGUUGAGUUAUGUCUUAGAAACCACACACAAUAUUACUACUUGUAAAGCUCUCUCUAUUAGUGGCCUCUACUACUACUACUAGUUCACAAAAAAUGAAGAAGCUAACCUUAUCGGAAUCUGCCACUUUUACCCGCAAACCGACUCCGUUCGCCGCGGAAUGCUGGUUUGAUGAUGCAUGUAUUCUCGACAUGGACUACUUUGUUAGAACUCUCUCUGGCUUUAAGGCCAAAGGUGUCCGGCCUGACCUAGUUGGUUCCAUCAUAACCCACUAUGCUUCUAAGUGGCUUCCUGAACUAUCUAGCAACGAGGUGGCGGCGGCAUUAACCGCCGUUCAAGAGACCCCGGAGAGCGCCACCGCUUCAUGGAUGAAGAAAAGGUUUUUCGUCGAAACCCUGGUGGGAAUUCUCCCUCCUGAGAAAGACUCCAUUUCUUGCAACUUCCUGUUAAGGCUACUACGCACCGCGAAUAUAGUGGGCGUUGAGGGUGUUUAUCGAGCUGAGCUUGAGAAACGGGUUUCAUGGCAACUAGAUCAGGCCUCACUCAAAGAGCUAAUGAUACCAUCAUUUAGUCACACUUGUGAGACAUUGUUGGAUGUUGAGUUGAUUCUUCGAUUGGUUCAGAGGUUUGUGAAUUUGGAUGAGGCUGUUAGAAGUGGAGCUGCAUUAAUCAAGGUGGCUAAACUUGUGGAUUGUUACCUUGCUGAAGCUGCUGUUGAUUCGAAUUUGACGUUGUCGGAAUUCGUUGCUCUUGCCGGAGCUCUUCCUGGCCAUGCCCGUGCAGCAGAUGAUGGUUUAUACAGAGCCAUUGAUACUUACCUCAAAGCACAUCCGGGGGUGUCAAAGCAUGAAAGAAAGAGCCUCUGUAAACUGAUUGAUUGGCGAAAACUCUCACCUGAGGCCUGUCUUCAUGCAGCUCAAAACGAACGCUUGUCUGUUCGAGCCGUAAUCCAAGUCCUCUUGUCCCAGAAAACAAAGCUCAACUGGCACAUUGACUGGAGUGGCUCCUCCUUCAGUGGAACCCGCAGUCCAAACCUUGGGGUUGAGCCCCCUGCUCGGUGCCUUUCGAGGCGCGAAAUGGGUACUCAACAGAUUGAAAUAAAGAAGCUGAAAGAUGAUGUGCUUAGGCUGCAGAGCCAGUGCAUUGCCAUGCAGGUACAGAUUGAGAGAUUAUUGGAGAAAAAGAGAGGGUUUUUCAGCUGGAAGAAACUGGGAAUGCCUUCAGUACUGAAAACUCUAAGUGUGGGUAAAAAGAUUGAAGUGUGUGAAGGAGAAGAUGAGUUUGAGUUUGAGUUUGGGAGACAAACGCCCGUGGAUGUGAAGAAGACCAAGCUGGUACGAGCAAGAACUACUACCAAGCGGAGGAACUCCAUGUGAGGUUCAUGUAACUUAACUAAUCCUGUGUGACAUGUCUGUUAAUGUUGAGACCUGUACUUGUAUACCAUCAUGCAUGUACUAAGAAAUGUUGUAAGGUUGGAAUGGUAUUCCUAUUGUAUUUCUCUAGAUGAAGUUGAUUUGGAAUUAAUUAUCCGCUAUCAAGUUAAUGUAAAACGAUUUGCAACAAGCUGUAGACAUUUCAAAAAGAGUGAUUUAUCAAAAUAUUGUUUUCUA